AUGAAGUUUUCAACUUUUUCUUGCGGCAUUGCUGCCCUCGCCUCGACCAACUUUGCUUUCGCCAGGCUCUCGUACGAAGUAGCCGAAGCGGUCUGCGGCGGCCUUGGUGUCAUGAACACUACGGCUCUUCCAGCUUCCAUCAACGUUGAAGACGCUCGAAUUUGCGCAGACCAUCCCCUCGGAAGUCCUGAGCUCCCGCAGCAGCUGGACAAACGCAAAUGCUGGUACGGGCAGCCAGUAGGGUGUAACCGCCACGGUUACUGCUACAAGUCCUGCGGGCCGCCCGGGACUGGCAUGUGGUGCUGGACCGCCCAGAGGGAUGGGUUUGGACCUUGGGAGAGGUGCUCCAAGGGCUCUGAUUGCUCUGGAACCAUGGGUUGCGGUGCUGGUGGUUGCAAGGGCUGCGGCUGCGGCUGUUAA